UGCUUUGUUCUUUUUUUUUUACAUUAAUACGAAACAUUUAAGGCGAGAAUACCAAAAGGAUUUAGUUAUAUCGCUUUAAUUUUGUCGACAUGUGGAAACAUUUUCUGAUAUCUGGAGUCCCGUUUUUCGUAAUUAUCGUUUGCAGUAGUUGAAACAAACGUUAAAUUUUCUCAAUUAGAACAAGAGUUUCUUUUCAUGAAAUGUUUUUAAAUCUAUAACUAUACGAAUUUUCGCGAAAACUAUCUGCUUAAGUUGAUGCAGAAAUAUGCAAUCAUACAAAUGCAUAUAUGUAAAUCGCAAGAUUUGAUGUACGAAAGCACAAUGCAGUUUUUGCCCUAAUUCUUUUCGAUACAGUCCCGUUAUCCUGUUAUACAACCCCCUACACUAACAAACGCUUAAGUUUCACCCAUGACUUUGUAUAUCGAUGUCCGUGAAUACUGAUCUGAUUCAUUGAACUUAGUCUUUAUGCAUAGUUAUAUUUACAUUCCUAAUAUCUAUUCAAACUUUUAAAUCUGAAUUUAACUGUGUGACUAUUAAACUAGACAACCUCAACGGCAAAUAGACAUGGCAUGGAUUCAGUUCCGAAUUCCGAUCCUUCAAGGAAGUGACUUUCAAACAACCACAACGUAAUCUCCGAAUGAAAGAUUGAUUUUCCCGUGUAUUAUCGACAAUCACUAAGGUUUCGUGUACAGUUUUGUGCUGACUGUUAUUAAAUCCUUUAAAAAGUGCCGUCUAAGUAAAAUAUUAGAAUUAAGUGUAAAUAUUCUAAAUUUCUUAAAACUGAUUAACGCAAUCAGUAUUAAAUGCGGAAAUAAUAUUUGCAUUUAUAUUACUAAGCCAUUAAAACGCAAUAGCAUAAUGAAAUUCCUUGCUCGUGUCAUUAUUAUUUAUUUCCUUUUCGUUUGCCUCUGUUUGCCUCUGUGUUUGAGGAAGGUGUUACUGCAGAAGUUCAAUUGGAAUUUUCAAGACUUUUCAGUGCAAGUUAAAAUCGUUCCGCCAACAGAGAAGCAAAACGGCUCAAACAAUGCGUUGUAUUUCACAAGGAAUAUAUUUGACAUUUCAACAAUAAAAACAAAGACAAGAACAGAGCAAAAAGUUAUUUUAUUUUACAAUGAACCGGAUUAUAUGAGAACUUUUGCAAGGAAAGAUACUGUGUAUAAAAACUGUGAAUACAAAAAUUGCAUUAUAUCACACGAUAAGACCAAACUACUGAUUGCAGAUGCUGUCAUUUUUUGCGUCGGAAUAAGAAAUGAGCGGAUGGGAAAUGAUCCACCAAUAAACAUGAAACAACGAAACCCAGACCAGGCCUGGAUAUUUGCCGCUGUCGAACCUCCAGAACAUUAUUAUAAUACUGAUUAUAAGUCAAUAUCCUGGCAUAACACGAUGAACUGGUCAAGUCUGUACAGGCUUGAUUCGGAUAUACCAAAUCCCUAUGGCAUUUUAAUACGAUCAAACGAAGAUAAAGUGCAAAACUACAUUCAUGUUUAUAAUGCAAAGACAAAAAACGCACUUUGGAUGGUUAGUCAUUGCCAGGUUGCUAGUGCUCGAAGGCAGUAUGUGAAUGAAAUGAUACGACUAGGUUUCCAUGUAGACAUCCUAGGAGGCUGUGGUUCAGAUGGAAGAAAAUUGAGCUCGGAAGAACUUGAACAUAUUAUUCCAACAUAUAAAUACUUCUUAGCGUUUGAAAACUCUUUUUGUACUGAUUACAUUUCAGAAAAGUUUUUUCAGAAUUACAAUUCUAGUUGGAUUGUUGUUGUAAGAGGUGGUGCAAACUAUAAACUUUUACUUCCUGAGCAGACUUAUAUAAACACUGCAGACUUUUUAAAUAUCACCACCUUAGUAGAAUACCUCUUAAGUCUUGGAAAUGAUAGAAACAGAUAUAUUGAAUUUCUUCGUAAUAAAGACAAGUACGUAAGUAUACGCUGGCCUGGGAAUCGGCACUGUGAAAUCUGUAGGAGAUUGAAUAAUAUUACACGAUAUAGAAAAAUAUACAAAACACUUGAUCCUUAUCUUACUACCGAGCAGUGCUUCAUGCCAAAGGACCUGACAAUAUAGUUUUUACAGUCCUCAGCGUGGACAUUUUUCACAGUUCGCACUUUCCUUUUAUGGACCCUGACGUUGACAUUUCCUUCUUAUGAAUCCUCAAAAAGACUUUUUAUCACCUCCAUCAUGACAAAAACAAUAAACUAGUUUGUGGUAUUUCUCUUUGACAGGCCGAAUCGCUUUGGAAUGAAAAAAAAAGAAACUGAAUUGCGGCUGAAUUAGAUGAAUUGCAGUGACUGAGAAAAAAGUUAUAUGUUUUUUCAUGCAAAAUGUACGAAGUAGAUUGAACAAGUUCUACAUUAUGCUAUAGAGAAAAACAGGGUCACGAUGACCCAAGAUCGCUCACCCGAGUAAUUCACUUUAACACUUCACAGUAGCUCAUAAAAACAUUCUGACCAAUUUUCUUCAGUUUCAAUCUUGGUCUCUAGUGUGUGUGCAAGAUUUUUCUUUGAACUGGCCUUAUGACCUAGUUUUUAACCCCACAAUAUUCAGUUUUGAAUUUGGCCUAGAGGUCAUCAAGGCCAAAUUCUGACCUAUUACCGUGGGUUUCCAUAUAAAAUUGUUAACUCUAUAGUGUUAACAAAAUUUUCCUUCGAUCUGACCUAAUGACCUAGUUUGUGACCCCACGUGACCCUAUUUCAAACUUGAUCUACAAAUCAUCAAUAUAAACAUUCCGACCAAGUUCAAUAAAAAUUGGAUUACAGCUUAGGCCUCUAGAAUGUUAACGAGGCAAAUGUUGACGGACGACGCGCGACGCGCGACGGACGACGACGGACGCCGCACACUGGCCGCUCACAAAAACUCACCAUGAGCACUUUCUUUGUGCUUAGGUGCGCUAAAAGAAUUAUAAAGAGCAGUAUUUGAUCAUUUUUAAUGAUUUAUUGUCUUUUAUAUUUUAGUCUUCAAAGAUUUGU